AGCUAAGUUAACACAAACGGCGCUUUGAUGGUGCUUUAAAGUUAAUUAAUAAUAACGAUAUCCAGACGGUACAUAGCAGCCAGACAAUGUCUAUAAAUCCGAACACACCUCUUCCAUCAACCCCUAAUACGGAUGACUACACUGAAAUCAACUUGGAAGAAGUCCGGCCAAAUCAAAAUGCUAUUGAGACUGAAGCUAGCGAUAUCAACAUGGAUGUUUAUGCAACUUUGGGAGAGAGCAAACCAGAAGAAAUUUAUAAUCCUGCCUACGAAAAGCUAACAAUACAACAAAAUGAUCAUGAGAAAUCAUUUUUCAAGUGGAAAAUCAUCAUAGUAUGUGUAGUUAUUGUCCUGAUGGCUCUAUGUGUUGUCAUUGGACUUGUAGUUGGUGGCGUUUUUCAAGGUGAAACGGAAGAACACAUUGCUACCAUUGAAAAGGAGCUAUCUGACUUGACAGAAAAUAUCAAUUUAUGGAAAGCCGACAUCAAGGAAACCCUAAAAGUGUUAGACAUAGACGAGUGCUCAAGUAAUCCAUGUCAAAAUGGCGGAAGCUGUGUGGACAGAUUUGAUGGUUACCAUUGUACAUGUGCCCCUGGAUAUUGGGGUGCAAAUUGUGAUAUUGGUGGAACAAAGGAAGACAUUACUUCUAUAAGCAUGGAAGUUUCCAUCCUCUCAGCAAUUAUCAGAGAGCAAUCUAAUGUGACAGAAAACAUAAUGAUAUGGAAAGCUGGCGUCAUGGACACCCUCAAAAAAUUAGGUGAAACGAAAGAAGACAUUGCUAACUUCAGAAAGGAAGUUUCUACCCUCGGUACAGAGUUAUCUAGCUUGAAAGAAAACAUCACUUUAUGGAAAGCUGACAUCAUAGACACUCUCAAAAUAUUAGGAUCAAAUGACCAGAAUGGACCUGAAGAAUCAACAGGAGCUACGGGUUCAAAAGGUCCAACUGGAUCGACAGGAUCAACCGGAUCAACUGUUCCCAAUGGUCCUACAGGAGCAACUGGACCUUCUGGUCCUACAGGACCAACUGGAGCGACUGGACAAACUGGUCUUACAGGACAACCUGGAGCAACUGGACCAUCUGGUUAUAAAGGACAAACUGGAGCAACUGGACCUACUGGUUCUCCUGGAAGUACCGGUGCUACUGGACCUAUUGGUCCUACCGGUCUUACU